AUGAAGGAUAUUCUCAAACGUGCUGGCAUGGUGGACUGCAAGCCAGUAAUCACGCCUGUCUCUUCUACGAAAAUCACAGACGACGUGGUCGUUCCCUAUGCCGAUCCAACACAAUACAGGAGUCUUGCUGGUGCUCUCCAGUAUCUUACGGUAACUCGUCCAGAUCUAUCUUAUGCUGUUAAUCUCUUGUGUCAACAUAUGCAUGCUCCCACUACUACAUACUGGGCCUCUCUAAAGAGAGUCAUGCGGUAUGUCAAAUGCACCCUGAAUCUUGGCCUGCUUAUUUCUCAGUCUACAUCUAUAGAUAUUCACGCCUAUUCUGACUCAGAUUGGGCUGGCGAUCCGAAUGAUCGCAAAUCUACUAGUGGCUUUGUUGUGUUCUUGGGCAGUAAUCUUAUAUCUUGGGUUUUUGGAAGCAACGGACUGUGGCACGUUCUUCGACUAAAGCAGAAUACAAGGGACUCGCUGAUGUAUCUGUAG